AUGACUGGAGUUAGAAAGCUGAUUAGGGUACCGUGGUUUGCUCUUGGAUCAGUCGCACGAUCACGACCUUCGAGCUUGUUGCUCGGUGCAGUAGGCGCUGUCUUGGCAGGUUUCAUCCCAGGAGCAGAUGCUAGAGUCUGUGAGGUAGACAGUUUCGGUGUCGAACGCUGUCGUACCAGUAACGGCGUCCGUAUCGGUAUCGCCGUAGCCAUAGUUGUCGGCUUUAUUAUUCUCAUCGCCCUCCUCUCCUUUUACCGUCGCCGUCGCAUCCAACGAGCCAACCUCGCCUACGUCACACAGGCUCAAGCUCAGCCCAACGGCUACCAACCACAAUAUUACGGCCCUCAGGGCACCGGCGCAGGCUAUCCCAAUUACAACCAAUAUUACGGCGGAGGUUCACCAGGUGGUCCACAAUACCCACCCCCGACGCAUGCUUAUGGGGACCCGCAAUUCGCACCUCCCGCUGGACCGCCUCCCGUACGCGAUGGAGAAGUGCCACCGCCGAACUAUUAUCCCUCGCCAGCGGCGCAAGGCGCUACAUUUACGAAAUAA